UUUGAUGUUUUUUCAUGAAUAAUGGCAGCGAUGAAGGAAGUAUUUUGUUAGUAAAAGUAGCACCACCACUCUAAAAACACUCCUCGACAAGUGAAAGUCCUGCAUUCAAAACCUCACUUCAGCAAAAUGUACUUAAACGAUCAGAAAAAAUGGUCCCUGUCGGUGUUUCAGAAUAAUUUAUGGCAUUUUUUUGAUUCCUAUUACUGCUACAUUGAGGUUUAUGUAGCAAUUAAAUGAUAUAGAUGUUUAGAUUUAUGCAAGUUUUACACUUUUUGGUUGUUUAACCUACAUCUACAUGUCCUGUUCUACAGGAUCAUUAUACAUUUAUAGUUUUUAGGAACUUGAGAAUCUAUUUUUCAGCUUGUUCAAGAGUUUUUUGGUUUUUUUUUUAUCUCAAGCAACUUGAAGACCACAGAUGAUUUGUAUUAAUUUAUCUAAAAAGUAGUGAAAGCCAUCAGAAAAGUGUAGUGAAGUUAAAAAAAUCCAAGAUUUGUUUCUGAUAUGUAGUCGAAUACAGUUAUGAAGUUGCAUAAAGAGGAAAAACGAAAGUACAAGCUCCUACAAUAAUACGCUUUACUCAACUAUUUGUCAUCAUUUUAAUAUUAUCAAUUUAGAAAAUCUUGCAUCUUGUUCUUCAGCUUCAUGUUGGACUGAAAGACAGUUUAAGACAGGGGUGUCAAACAUGCGCCCUACGGGUCAAAAGCAGCCUUCCACAGAGUCCAAUAAGGCCCUCUAGUGUAAAAAUUACAGAGAAGACAUUAAGUGCGAAUUGGAAAUUUGUAAAACCAAAAAUCUAAAAUAAUUUUUAGACCUUGACAAAUGGUUUUGAUCAUAAAGUAAAAUACUACGUUGCUGAUUGUUCUUUUGUUGUUUUGUAUCUUAUGUUUUUAAAUAGUUUGUCUUGUUUUUGUUGUUUAUUAUCUUUUUUUGCCAGACAUUUGUUGCUUGUCUCAUGUUUGUGUCAUUUUGUGUAUGGUUUUAGUGGUUGUGUGUUUCCUUUUUGGCUUGCUUGUGUCGUUUGUCUAUUUUUUGUCACUUUUUUUCUCACUUUUGUAGUUUUGUGUCUAGUUUUUGGAAUAUUUUGUCUCAUUUUUGUUGUUUUUUUGUCUGGCUUUCUGUCGUUUUGAUCAUGAAGCAAAAUACGACAUCGUUCAGUUCCAGAUGACUGAACAUUUUGUGCCUUUGUAAAUGAUAAACUAAGGGAUAAUAUGGUUGCAAUUGAACCUAAUUUUCUUCAGAAAUUUCAGGUUCAUAAUGCUUUGCUAAAAAAGCAAUUCCUUGAAUGUGAACAUUUUCAGAAUGUACUUUAUUGCUCAAAAACAAAGAGAAAAAUUUGGAGUUCUAGUUAGUUUUUAUAGGUUGUUAUGCUGUGAUUUUACUGGUCCGGUCCACCUGAGAUCAGACUGAGCUGAAUGUUGUUCAGUUUGACAGCCCUGGUUUAAGACUUAAAGGCAUUAGAAGAGAUUUAAUUUCCUACGACUUUGAACGUCGCAUGCGCAUGCGCACAUACAACCUCUCCCUCACCCCCCUCUAACCUCCCCCCUCUUAACAUUUACGAAGAAACGCCCCCCUCCAGAAACUUGCGUAGCACUCGUGAAGUUGUCUUUUACGGCUGGGUCCCCCUGGAUCUUUAUCUGCCAUUAUGUAAAAAAAGAUGAGCAAAACAAGUCACCAGCUAACUACGAAGCUAUACCAAAGCAACACAUACAGGAAACACGUAAGUCCAAGGCGUACGUAAUCUACGUAACUCGGCCUGAGCUGGAAGAUUUUUGAUUGACAGGAAAGGGAGCAAACCAAACGCCUCGGUCCGAGCGCUUUGAUUGGCUGAUGUUUAUCAGGUCCUGCCAUGUCCACAGUUAUUUUUUUAUUUUUAUUUUUUUUUUAGAAACCAUACGUACAAGUCCACUAAAGGUCAGUAUAUUCAUUUUAUGUGAAUCAGACAAAUUAAACAAAAAAAAAAAACAUCCUCCAUAAUGCCUUUAAUGUUUUUCAUUUUACAUAUCUAACCAAAAGUGGGCAUAAUGAAUGCAUUAUUGUGGUUUCAUUGUCUUCUUUCCACAGAAAUACUUCACAGAAAUCAGUCAUAUCUGCUUCAACUCAGUGUUUUAGACGCAGGUUUGUCUCAGUCUUUUCAAGCUUGAGAUCAGCGUAAAGCUGCAGUCGUAAAGCAACACAGCUUUACAAUCUGCAGGGAAACAUCUCUGACUGCGCUUUGGUUACUUUUUGACUGCAGUAUCCUUGAGUUUCUUUUUGCUUCACAAUCUCAUGUCCUUGUCCUCACACAUCACCACUGUUUAGCAUUACAAAAGCAGAGAUUUUGUUUGAAUUAUGCUUUCACUUUACGUAACAGUCGAUUCUUUACAGCCUGAGCUUCCUCUGCAGUUGAAGGUUCAUACACUCCUAAAGUUUCUUUUCAAGACUUGACAACGUUCUUUUCAGUGCAGGAGCCCAUUUAGUUGAUGGGAACAAAUCUCUUAUGAGAGUUUUACUUUUUCAUUCGAUUUACACUUUGAACUAUUAAAAAUGAACAAUCUGUAGCUCAAAGCUCACAAUGCUUGAAAGAACUUGCUUUAGAAAUAAUCAUAUUUCUGUAUUUCAUAGAUGUAGAUAAAGUGUUAUCAUGGCUGAAACAAGUAAAAGAGCUAAUCCAGUUUAUAUUUCAGCAUCUCUUGUGCUACCACCUCCUCCCACAUGAAGGUUUGUGGACCAUUUAUUUGUUUCUUAACCAUCAGAGGAGGAUCCCAGUCGGACAUCACUGAUCAGCAAGCUUUUUCUGCUUCUGAUCCAUCCCAUCAAAAGCAGAUGGUCUUCGUUCUAACGGCAGAGAGGCCUGAUGAUGUCUAAGAAUAUGGACUCUCAGCCUGCGGGUGUGAUGAGUUGGCACAGUAGGCGAUACAGUGACCCACUUACAGCAUCGCCUAAAGACACUGUCAUCUCCGACUGCAGAGUCUUAUUGCAGAGUUUUGACCUGCUGACACUAAAAACCUUCUCUAUCCAGCGUGUCAUUGGCUGGUUAAAUAAAUAUGGGCUCAAAGUGUUAUUCCAGAUUCAUCAGAGACAUUUUAAAGAUGAGAAUUGGUUUGUAUUGCAAUAGAUAUUUCAGUUUUUACCUUGUCAUUACUGUCAACAUGGUGUUGUUAAUAUGCUGGAAGCCACAUCAUGAGGAUUUCCACCUUAAAACUGCGUUGUACCGAUGACAAUCUCCAAAAAUAAACAACAAAUCUGUGGAAGAAAUCCUGUCAGUUCGAAGGGAGGGUUUUUCUGUACUGAUAUUCUUCUUCAGAAUCACUUUCCAGUUCAAACAUUUAGAUUCAAGAGUUUUAUUUAUCACAGACAGUACAGGCAGUGACAUGCAAAGUCACUUUUUCAAAAGACUGUUCAAUUUACAGCAACAUGACUUCAAACAAAAAUCAUAAAAAAUGAGGAUUAAAGAAAUUGACUUUAAACUGCAGCGAACAUUGCGUUGCAAUCAUGCGUGUUAUGUUUAUGCAUAGAAGUGUGUGUGCAUACAUCUACAUAUGUGAUAUACGCUUACAGUUUCACAGUGUUUGAGCAGAGCUGUAGGUGAGCCAGUGUGCUCGAGCUGCUGCAUGUGGUGGAGGGUUGGAUGGAGAAAGAGGUGGGACUUCAUAGAUUUACAUAUUGUUAAGAAAGCAACAGUGUAGAGUGACAUCGAAGGCAUUUUAACGCAGGAAGGGAUUAUUCUUGUUGAAAAAAAAAUAAAAAUGGGACUUUAGGACACAGAAAUUACAUUUAAUGGGUUUAAUCAAUGACCAGUGUAACUGACACGAAUAGUAAAUUAUAUUGGCAUGAGUUUUAAACAGUACAGAAACACUCUGAGCUGACAAUAGUGACAUCUAGUGGAGACUCCUUGAUAUUUGAGCUUGUUUUAUAUUCAUAAAUGACUCACAUAAAUGGUCCUAAAAGUGGAUGUGAGGCAUGUCUAUAUAAUAAGGUAUUUAUUUUAUUUUAUGGCCAGUCUUUAAUGGAAAUCCUUAAAAUAAAAAUGUUAAAAUAAAAUAAAAUAAAAUUAUAUAUAUAUAUAUAUGUGUGUGUGUGUGUGUGUGUGUGUGUGUGUGUGUGUGUGUGUGUAUAGGGUUUAAAUAUUACUGUUAUUAUAUAUAUUUUUAGUUUUAUUUUAUUUUUUGCUACUUUCUAGAUAGAUAGAUAAUUUCUCAUUUCUUUCCUAUAUAUGGGUCUUACAGGGUUAAAUCGAAAAUAAUAUCAAAACAAAGCAGAAUUUUACAUUUGUUCUGCUUGUGGUAGCCCCAGAUGUUCAGAAAUGACACGAGACUAUAAGAAAAUAUCUAAUGUUUCAGACAUAAAUAGUUUUAUUUCACCUUUAACACGCUUAAAAUCCCAUUAAAGCACAUCUGAAUGCAUAAAUAUCUCAUCCAGGCUUCUAACGAGCAUCAACCCACAGCGACUAAAACACAUCAGCUGUUUCUAAUUGCAGAGCAACAGGUGUUGAAAGCGACAGUAACACAGAAGAGAGUCCCAUUUAACUGCAAAUAUCACAUUAAAACCGGGAUAAAUCAAUAUAGAUUUUACUACAAUGGUCCUUAUCAGCUUGAAGGUGGGUGUGGACUAAACUUUAAAGCGCUUUAUUUCGCUUUAGUGUAAUAAAAAAAAAAAUCAGCGAAAUGGUUGUUUGUGUGGCUUUCAUGGAGACUGAUCAUGUCCGAAACCGAGUAAAAGUGGAAAUAUUCCUUCUUCAAAUCAGCUGAGCCUGUUCCUGCUGCUUUUCCUCGACUUUAUGAGCCACAGGGUUGAAGGUAAGAAUUCCUAAAAUACUUAAAUACGAUGUCAGAAGUGUAAAUUGGCUCGUUUAAAAGUGUUUUUUUCUUUUCUUGUGUUUUUGUAGGAAUCUGCAGUGUGGAGCAUUGUACUGACCGCACCAGAUGUGUUCUGUCUAAAGACCAGAGAAGCUGCAAAUGUGCCACCGGCUUUUAUGAUGACCGAUGUGACAAAAAUGCACACAUUAAAGUGAUGUGCAGCAAAGACUACAUAGCAAUCAGAGCGAUAGAAGACUUUUUCAAGUAUCACAAUGUGCCACUGGAGUCCCUCCACUUGCCCAACAAAUCUUGUCGCGCUCAGAGGAUGGUCAUCGACGGAGUGCCGUACUACAUGUCCAGGAUAUCCAGAGACCAAUACCUCACCUGUGGAGGCAAACCGCUGGAGAAAAAUGUUACCCACAUCUCAUACUCCCUGAGUCUAAUGUCCGACCCUCAGGUUUCUGGAAACAUCAUCAGAGAUCCAGUGAUUAAGAUGGACUUCACAUGCAUCUAUCCAUACGUCAGAAGAGUCAGUCUGUCUUUUCCUGUUAUCCCCUUUUCAAGCGAGAUGGUGAUGCGAGUGGAUGAACUUGAUGCCACCAUACAGAUGAUGUUGUACAAAGACCACACUUACACCAAAGCCUACACCAGCGCUCCGACCAUCGAACUCAGAGAUAAGGUGUUCGUUGAGGUGACGGUGACGGAGCCUGCAGAUUUCUUCCUGCUUCGGGUGAAUGAGUGCUGGGCCACACAGUUUGCUGAGCCACACACCAAAGAGGGAUCAGUUCACAAUCUGAUUCUGAGCGGGUGUGUCAGCGACCAAACUGUCUCCUUCCUCAACGCGACCGACGGACAGUCUGGACACAACGGAGAAAGCUCCACCGUCCGCUACAGCUUCGACAUGUUUCGCUUCACGUCAUCGCCUCAUGACCUUUAUCUCCACUGCACCGUGCAGCUGUGUGAGCCAGACGACCUCAAGUCCUGCGCAGCUAACUGUAAUUCAAUCAGUAAGAGGGAAGCAGUGAGAGCCGAUCCCAGCCAAGGCCUCCUGUCAUAUGGACCCAUCAGGAUCGAAAUGCCAAACAGACCUCAAUCCAGCAUACUGACGACGGUGGUGCUGCCUGUAGCAGGUGUCUGGACUGUGGGCUUCUUCCUCAUCAUCCUCAUCACCGUGGCCAAGGCAGGCAGCAGGAGGCUGGCACAGAUGGAGGAGCACUGACGACCACGCCGGUGCUGUUGGCAGCAAAAAUAAACGUUAAAAAUCGCCCAGAUCCUUGUUAUUCCUGUCGUGACGUUCGUUUUCCCCACAUAAGUGUUGUCACAGCAGGUUUAGAUUGUAAACAGGGCAAAAAUAUACAGUAAUGAAGCAAGCUUUAUCUAUCUCCCCAGAAUGCCAAUUUUAAGCUGAAUGUAACAUCAACACAAAAUAUUUCUACAAAUUCAGUUCUUAGAUGCAGCUCACUAUGCUGUACACUGACCUCAUCGACUUUCUUUUAGGUGGAAAUUGUUAACUGUGCAUAUAUAUAUGUCAGGGUAGAGACUGCGAUUUGGUACAAUUCUACCAGUAGAGAUUUGUCAGGGCUAAGGUUAGACUUUUAAGGUUAGGGUCAGGGGUCAGGGCAGGGGUCAGAUUUAAAGUUCCAUCUCUACUGGUAGAGAUUACAAUUCCACCAAAUCGCAGUCUCUACCCUGACAUAUAUAUAUAUAUAUAUAUAUAUAUAUAUAAUUUUUUUUCCUCUAUUUGGGUUUUACAGGGUUAUGUCAAUUAUACAUAAGUUGUUUCUAGUAAUAUCUCAACAUAACUUUAAAAGGAAUGUGCAAAUGUGAUGUAUUUCAGCCCUGAAUACACUGAAAAAUUAAAUCUUUAAAGACAAGUAUUUAAGUUGAUUAUACAGUAAAGAGUAGUUUUGACUAUAAUUUCUAGAUAACUUAAAAAGAAAUGUGCAAUGUGAUGUUUCUCAGACCUGAACACUAGAUCUGAAUGAUUUGAGACAAAAAGACUGGAAAAUAAAUCAAAAAUAUGUUUUAAAGUUGAUUAUACAUGGAAAAAAUGUGUUUUAGUAAUAUAUCUGCAUAAUUUAAAAAGCAGUUCACAAAUGUGAUGUCUGUCCUGAAAAUACAGAAAAAUUAAAUCCUUAAAGUAAAAUAAAGCAAAAACAAGUUUCAACCCUGUGAAACCCAUUGUAAUAUAUCUUUUUUUUUUUUGCAAUUUUUUUAUCCAUAUUUGGGUUUUAUGGGGUUAAGAGAAAUUAAAUUGUAUCUCAAUUAUCAUAGCAAAAGAGAGCAAAUGAAACCUAAAUACUACAGCUAAGAGAGCAGAUAUUUUACAUUUUGUCAUGGCAGCAAAACUGAUAUCAUGUGGUUUCAGCAGAGAAGAGAUCUCAUAAACCCCACUUACUGCCUCUUCCUGUGAGCUUGUCUUUGAGGAUGGUGGGUUAGAUGGAGUUGAAUGCAUUUGAAAAAUCAAAGAACAUGAUUCUCACAUAAACUCCAGGUUCCUCCAGAUGAGACAGGGCACGGUGAAGCAUGAAGAGGAUGGCAUCAUCCACUCCAAUGUGUUCUUUGUAAGCAAACUGCAAGGAAUCGAGUUUGUCUUUGACCUCAAGCCUCAGUAGACGUAAAACCAGCCGCUCCAGAGUUUUCAUGAUGUGUGAGGUUAGAGCAAUAGGUCUGUAGUCAUUUAGUUCAGCCGGACAUUUGAUUUUUGGUACCGGUACGAUACAGGAUGUUUUCCAUAGAGCAGGCACCCGCCCCAGCUGUAGACUCAGGUUGAAGAUCCUGUGGAGAGGUUGACACAGUUGUGCAGCACAGUCUUUAAGCAGUCUUGGACAUACACCAUCUGGGCCAGCUGCCUUCCCAGAGCAAAGUCUCUGAAGCUCCAACAUCACCCCUGUCUCUGUGACAGAGACGGAUACAGGUGCUGGAACAGAAGUGGCUGCAGCUGUGGAGACGUGUGUAGGAGACGGAGGAGAGGAAGGAGGAGCUAUAGUGGGGAUUUCCAUAUGUUGAGGAGAAGGAGGAGUAGCAGUGGAAGUAGGUGUGUCCACAGUGUCAAAUCUGUUGAAGAACAAGUUGAGUUCAUCAGCUCUUUCUACAUCACCCACUAAUGGCUCCCUCCUCUUUUUAUUGUUGUGUCCAGAGAUGGUAUUGAUUCCUCUCCACACAUCACGGAUGUUACUGUGUUGAAAAUUCCUUUCUAUCUUCUUUUUGUAUUCCAUCUUUGCCACUUUCAGUUUCCUCUUCAACUCAUGUUGCACUUCUUUGAGCCGUUCUUUGUCACCAUCUCUAAAAGCUUGUUUUUUUCUGGUUGAGGAUUGCCUUUAUGUCGCUUGUGAUCCAUGGUUUGUUAUUGUGGAAACAGCUAACAGUCUUUGCAGGUAUGACUGUGUCUCUACAGAAGUUGAUGUAUUCAGUAAAACAAUCAACCUGUCUGUCAAUGUUCAUACUAUCCUCAUCUGUUUCCAGGAGCACAUUCCAGUCUGUUGAUUCAAAGCAGUCCCUUAGAGCUUCACUAGCUUGAGGAGUCCAUUUUCUGAGCACACAAGGUUUGUAACAGGUCUGCAGAUAAAGAUUCAGCAGAAAGAAGCAAUGUCCAGAAACACCUACACAUAAUAAAACUGUGUAAAUGGAAUAAUAAAAAGUUAAAUAGA